AUGCCAUCAAAUGAAAUUGAGACAAAGAAUCAUCGGGAUUUCUCAGAAGAUCUUAAGAUACGAGAGAUUCGAAGUACAUCCUACUCAGUUACUGAUGAUCAGCUUGAAAUCCUUUCCGCUCGUCCUGGUUAUCUGAAAGCUUCUCUUUUAGUUGAAAAACGUCAUUUGAAUAAUCAUAAAACAGUUCAUGGUGGUGUAUUACUAUCCUUAACAGAUACGAUAACUUCACUUUGUUUAUCAACUCAUGGUAUCCCCGCUCCGACAGGUGUGAGCGUUAAUGUUUCUUGUGAAUUCGUUCGACCCGCAGGGAAAGAAGGUGAUAUUAUUAUUUGUUCUAGUGAAGUUGUCAGAUUAGGACGAACAAUGGCAUAUACACGAAUCAACUUUUUGGAUUCUCAAGAGAGGAUAGUAGCUUUUGGUUCACAUACCAAACAUAUGGGUAAUAAUAUACCUACCACUUCUUUUUCCUCUGACGGGGAACACGAAGUUCCCCUACCCUCCAAAGCGAAAUUAUAA